GAGGUGAAAUUGAAAAUGACUUUUUUUUUUUUUUAUUAUCAUUACGAAUGUUUAAAAAACCCUUGGGCUCCAGACUCACAUUUUUGUAGUAAAAUCAAAAUCAAACAAAAUAACCCCAGAGAAGCAAUCACAAAGAUCGUCAAGCAAGAAAUCAUCGUUCGAGUUGGUUCCGGUUUAGGAACUCUGUAUCGAUUUCGAGUUUAUUAACAGGUGAUCACAAGUAAGAAUGUUCAUCUGACAUUCAACUCUUUGGCUAGUGGUUAACAACGGAGACGAAUACUUCAGGAAUGAUUAAUCUAAAUGGUUCUAAUUAUCAGCUGUGGAAAACUAGGAUGGAGGAUCUUCUUUACGUUAACGGGUUUCAUGAACCAAUUGUUUGUUCUGAAAGACCUCAAGACAAAACGAAUGAAGAAUGGAAUUUGUUGCACCGUCGGGUUUGUGCGUAUAUUAGACAAUGGGUUGAUGACCGUCUGUUAAAUCACGUUAGUGGAGAAAUAGAUGCACAUAUCUUGUGGAAUAAACUUGGACAGAUGUGUGCUCAAAAAACAUGUCAUAGUAAGUUGUUUCUGAUCAAACAACUGAUGGGUCUGAGGUACCAUGAUGGAACUGCAAUGUCAGAUCACUUGAAUACCUUUCAAGGAAUUAUUAACCGGCUUUCUGAAACGGGUAUUAAAAUUGAUGAAGAGGUUCAAGGAUUGUGGCUUCUUGGUACUCUACCAGAUUCAUGGGAUGUGCUUAGAACUCCAUCGUUAAACUCGACGCCCAAUGGUAUUAUUUCAGUGGAGUUGGUUAAAAAUAGUGUGUUGAAUGAGGAGAUGAGAAGGAAGUCACAAGGAUCCACUUCAAAUACUUCAACCGUUGCAGCGGCACAUCAAUAUACCGUUAUAAAGGUUGCUCGUGAUAAGGAUCUUCAUGAACAAAUAGGGAAAAGUAUUUUUUUUGAUUUAGUGGAUCAUGAUAAACUUUUUAGUUUCCGUAUUCAAAAGCACAUCCCAUUUGCCCAUUUCAAGGAGGAAGUCGCUACAAAAUUUGGGAUGCCUGUACAAUAUCAACGUUUUUGGCAUUGGACGAACCGCAAAAAUCUAACUUACCGCCCUUAUAAACCUUUGACUCCACAAGAAGAAGCUCAACCUGUCGGACAAUUGUGUGGGCCUGGGGUAUCAAAUAAAAAGGCGAAAUAUGCUGAACUUAAGUUGUUUCUUGAGGUAGAAAUUGGACAGGAUUCAUGGCCAGUUCCCCCACCUGCCAAAACCAAGAAUGAGAUUCUACUUUUUUUCAAGCUCUAUGAUCCUAGAAAAGAGGAGCUUCGUUAUGUCGGGCGACUCUGGGUGAAUAGUAAAGGAAGGCCUAAAGAAAUACUGGCAAAGCUAAAUGAACUGGCUGGCUUUGCUCCUGGUCAAGAAAUAGAACUCUUUGAGGAAAUUCAGUUUGAACCCUAUGUUAUGUGCGAGCGUGUUGAUAAAGAGCUCACAUUUCGGCGUAGUAUGAUUGAAAAUGGGGACAUCAUUUGCUUUCAGAAACAUGCUCAGGCUGGAACGAAAACCUAUCGUUAUCCUGAUGUUCCAUCCUUUUUGAAACAUGUUCAUGAUCAUCAGAACUGACACGUUGCUAGAAUCGACAACUAACUACGAUGGGGCCAAGUGUUGACUUCAUAGAGGAUGUCCAAGGGCGUUUUGGGUACAUAUUAACCAAAUGAAAAAAACAUAAAUAUCGUCUUUCAGGCAUUUCAUCAAACACUCUUUAAGGAUUUGUCCUUUGUUGGCCUUUACCUCUCCUGCCGCAUUGUUUAUUGCUUACUUUUGGUUUUAGUUGAUACUAAAAUUAAUAUUAUAUCCUCUUUUUUAA